AUGGCCAUCACCGCCGACUCUCCGGCGACGCGGGGUUCUAUCCUCCUAGAACUUUCCGCUGCCAACGAUCUGCCUGGUUUCCGCCGCGCUCUGGAGGAAGGCCGGCUCGAGGUAGACCUGCCGGGCCCCUGGUACGGCCGGUGGGGCAGGACGAUGGGCUUCGAGCUGCGGACCCCGCUCAUGAUCGCCGCCAUGUACGGCAGCGUCGCGGUGCUGGAGUACAUUCUGGCCGUCGGCACGGUGGAUGUCAACCGGGCCUGUGGCUCCGACGGCGCCACCGCCCUCCACUGCGCCGCCGGCGGCGGCUCGCCGGCUUCGGCGGACGCCGUCAGGAUGCUGGUAGACGCGUCGGCCGACGUCGCCGCCGUCGACGGCGGGGGGAACAAGCCGGGCGACGUCAUCCCCCGGUGCCUGGCCUCUGGCGGGUCGUCAAAAACCAGGUCGCUGAAGGCUCUGCUCCGGGGUGGCGCCGCCAGCACGACGACGGCCUGCGAGGAAGACUUCUCUCCGUCGAAGAGGGAGGAGAAGAAGAGAGAGAAGGAGUACCCGCCGGACCUGACGCUCCCCGACAUCAAGAACGGCAUCUACACCACGGACGAAUUCAGGAUGUACACGUUCAAGGUGAAGCCAUGCUCGCGAGCUUACUCCCAUGACUGGACGGAGUGCCCCUUCGUCCAUCCCGGCGAGAACGCACGCCGGCGAGAUCCCCGGAAGUACCAUUACAGCUGCGUCCCCUGCCCGGAGUUUCGCAAGGGGAGUUGCCGGAACGGGGACGCCUGCGAGUACGCCCACGGGGUGUUCGAGUGUUGGCUCCAUCCGGCACAGUACCGGACCCGCCUCUGCAAGGACGAGACUGGUUGCACCCGCAGAGUCUGCUUCUUCGCUCACAAGCCCGAGGAGCUCCGCCAGCCGGGGCACUCGUCCGGUGCGCCGCCCCUGUCUCCGUCUGGCUCUGUCCUGCUAUCCCCCAAGUCGCCUGCUCUGCCUCCUCUCGAUGUGACGACCGCCGCCGCCGUGCUGAUGAACCAGUCCAUGACAUCCUCAGCCGCCUCCUCAUCCGCCGCGGCUUCUGCUGCAGCGUGGCUGAGCCAGACUGGCGGAGUGAUGACGUCGACCCCGAAGCUCCCGACGAGCCGGCUGAAGACGAGCUUGAGUUCCAGAACAAUGGAGGUGGACCUGGAUUUGAUGGGUCUGGAAGCAUACCAUCAGCAGCAGCAGCAGCAAGUAGACGACAUGGCGUCCAUGUCUUCUCCAUCUUGCUGGAAGUUCUCUCUGGGAGGAGCAUCUCCUCCUUCUGGUUACGGAGACGUGUACGGAUCGCCGGAAUCCUCGUCCCUGCUGUCGCAGCUCCAAGGCCUUUCCCUGAGACACUCCAUGGCCAGCGGCGCCAGUCAGUUUCAGCCUCCUUCCGGAAUCCAGAUGCACCAGAGCAACGUCAGCCAGCAGCUGCCGUCUGGGUACGCUGGCUCGAACCCGCAGUCCUCGCUGUCUUCAUCCUUCGGGCUACACUCGCUGGCCAACACCAUCAUGAAGUCCAAGGCUUCCGCCUUCGCCAAGCGCAGCCAGAGCUUCUGCGACCGCGGGGUGGCGGCUCGCCCAUCGGCUCUCGGUAUUGCGACCUUCGCGCCGCCGGCGCCGUCCCUCUCCGACUGGGCAUCGCCGGACGGGAAGCUCGACUGGGGCAUCCGUGGGGAGGAGCUGAGCAAGUUGAGGAAAUGCACGUCCUUUGGGUUCCGGAGCAAUGGCAACGUGGCCGCCGCGACAGCGAAGGAGCCGGACGUCUCCUGGGUCCAGUCCCUGGUGAAGGACGGCGGCGGCGUUGCAGAGCCACCGUGCCAGCAGCAGCGCUAUGAAACCGCCAGGGGCAACGAGUUCAGCAACAGUGCCACGGACAUCUUCUCUCCAUGGAUGGACCAGGAGCAGAUGGUGGCGUAA